AUGGCCUCAAAGACAUGCUCGAUCAAUGUGGAGAAUCAUUUCGGACCCGUGGUGAAUGGAUGCGGAGAUGAUGUCGACUUUACCUUGCUAUUUGAGGAUGCGAUACUGUUGCUGGUGCCUACUGUGCUGAGCAUCCUCGUCGGGCUGUGUCGUGUAAGCUAUCUUCGAGGCCGUUCCCAAAAGAUCCGCACAUCUUUGAACUAUUGGGUCAAGUUGAUCUUCCACGCCAUCUAUAUUCUCCUCCAACUUGUCUCACUAGUCAUAUGGACUCUUCCAUCGACUCCGAAGACCAGCCUAUCUCUUCCAUCCUCGGUCGCAUCUCUUCUCGCUGCCAUCACAGCCAUUUACCUCUCUCACUUGGAGCACAUUUGCUGCAUCCGUCCCUCCACAUGCCUGGUUCUUCAUUACUCGGUCGUUUGGGUGCUGGGAAUUCCCCGGUCACGAACUCUGCUAUCCGUCUCGGGCCUCCAUACCCUGGCGUCAAUCCACAUCGCGUCUUUGGUGGUGAUCCUCGCGCUAGUCAUUCUGGAGUCCAUGGAAAAGAUGCACACAGUUCUACCACACUGCCGCUCGGAGUCUUUGGAAAUGGGUGCGGGCGCCAUCAGUCGGAGUCUAUUCUGGUGGCUCAAUCCGCUGCUUCUGCUAGGGUGUAAGGGAACGCUGUUGAUGCGCGAUUUGUUGAGGAUCGACAGCUCUAUUUGCGCCGACCAAACAGAUCAGGUCCGGCUAGUCAUGGGAUGGGCACGGUGUAGAGAGCACGGCAAAUGGUAUCACGUAUUGUUACCUUUGUUCCAGGUGUUGAAAGGGGAACUUCUCCGAGGUGCCAUUCCUCGGCUGGCCCAGGGAGGCUUCCUGCUGUCGCAGCCCUACUUGAUCAAGCGGGCCAUCAUCCUCUUUGCCAUGCCUGACUCAUCGACCAACUAUAAGAAAGGCCUGUUGCUCACGGUGGCGUUCGCACUGGCCUUCGUCGGUAUUGGGGUGGCCACUACACGAGCACGACACCACUCGAACCGCCUCGCAAGCAAGCUGCGAGGUAUCCUCAUGGCCAUCGUAUACGAUAAGAUCUUCGAUUCGCAACUGCAGCCGCAUGAUGUCGCAAUAGUAACGACGAUGAUUACCACACACACUGAAAGGAUCACGAUCGGCAUGCAGACGAUCCAGGAUACGUGGGGUUGCCUGGCCGAAGUCAUCCUCAUCAUUUGGCUACUGUCUGAUCCGCUGCGUAUAGCAGACUUGCCCCCCGUAUUUAUUUCUCUCGUCUGCGUGGUUGCCGUUGCCGGUGCAGUAGGCUAUCUAGUCCAAAGGCAGGCUUUGUGGUUGAAGGCUAUUAAGACUCGGGUCGGCGCCACGGCUGCGAUGCUCAAAGCCAUGAAAUCUAUCAAGAUGUCGGGAAUGGCGCGGAUAUUGUACGACCAGAUGAGGUCUCUUCGAGACAACGAAGUGCGAUGCUCUCGCGGGUAUCGGAUGCUUCUCACCGUGAUUACAUUGCUAGUCCACGCGAAUACCUUUGUCACGCCAGUUGUGGCCCUCUCGAUGUACAAUUUGCUUGCCCGCCAGAAAGAAUGGACCGAGACUCUCGACAGCCCACGAGCCUUCACUGCGCUCGCGUUCCUGACUAUUUUGGCCUCCUCGUUCGUCGGGCUUCUACAGUCGCUGACAGAGCUGUCCACUGCGUUAGGGUGCAUUGAUAGCAUCCGAGAGUUUGUGCUGCAGCCCUCCCGUGCGGAAGGUCGGUGGUUGCCGGAGGCCUACGGUCUCAUGUUACUGCGGGAUGAGGUCCUGUCCAAAGCCAGUUGUUCCGGUCAUGUCGUUGCACAGGCUCUCUCGCUAGCUUGGGAAGAUGACACCCCAAUUCUACAAGACCUUUCCUUUGUGCUCAACCGUGGAACACUUGUGAUGGUGAAUGGGCCCGUUGGAGGCGGGAAGUCCACGCUCCUCCGCGCAAUUCUCGGCGAAGUCCCCAAGGUCACUGGCAAGCUAACCGUGGCAGCUCGCAGCGUCGCCUACUGUGCCCAGUCACCGUGGAUCGUGUCCGGCACCAUUCAAGAGAAUAUCCGCGGCCCAGGGAGCGGCGCACGUUCCUUACUGGACUGGUACGCGACCGUUCUUGACGCUUGCGAUUUGCAUAAAGACCUGGCCAGUCUGCCAGAGGGAGAUCUCACGGUUGUUGGCGGGCAAGGAUUAGGUCUCAGUGGGGGUCAGCAACAGCGAUUGGCUCUGGCGCGAGCAAUUUUUUGUCAGGCUGACCUUGUGCUCCUCGACGAUGUAAUGAGUGGUUUGGACUCGGCCACAGAGGAGCACGUCUUCCACCGAGUGUUGGGACCCCAUGGUUUGCUCAGAACCCCCGGGGUGACCGUCGUUGUGGCAACCAGUUCACCUCGCUGGCUUGCGUUCGCCGAUCAGGUGCUUACAGUGGGUGCGGAUGGAUCAGUGACAAGCUUGACACAGCGUGUCUCAUCCGAUCUCACCAUCUCGAAUGAUAACGCAUCAUCUGUAACCCUAGUGGCUGCGGCAGAGCUCUCGGGGGUCGCCUCUCCAGUGCAGGCCGAUGAGAAUGAGACAAGACCGCCGAUAAAAGCGUCGGCUGACCGGGAUUUGGCGGACGUUUCGAUCUAUCGGUAUUACCUCGCCACCGCGCCGUCGGGCGCGUGGCUGUUGGUUUACGGCUCGCUGGCUGCGCUAGUAGCACUGCAUACCUUUAUGUCUGUCUGGGUCAAAUGGUGGGCCGAAGAUAACGACCGUGAGCCGAACCGCAACCUCAAUAUGCGAGUUGGGAUUUAUUGGCUCCUUGGAGCCCUGGUCGCUGGCUUCUUUCUCCUGACUCCAUGGUGUCUCUGGAGCCUGGUGGCCCCCCGAACCAUGGUGGCGCUCCAUCGAGAUCUUCUCCAGACUGUGCUGAAUGCGCCAUUUUCAUUUCUCUCGUCUGUAGACGCAGGUGAAACGCUGAACCGGUUCAGCCAGGACCUCGAGCUCAUUGACUUUCAGGUGCCCGAAUUCCUUAUGCUGUUCUCUCUUACUCUUCUCAUGUGCAUCGCGCAGAUGAUCGUCAUAGCCAUCCAGGUCCACUACGCGGCUGCCGCGCUGCCCGCCUGCCUAGUCGUCUUCUACGUGGUGCAGCGGUUCUACACGCGCACCUCCCGCCAGCUCCGGAUCCUGGACCUCGAAGCCCGCGCUCCCCUUCUGUCGCUGCUGCUGGAGACCAUCCAGGGGCUCGAGACGAUCCGCGCGUUUGACUGGUCGAACAAGUACAGGCAGCGGUACCACGGGCUGUUAGUGGAGGCGCAAAAGCCCUUCUACCUGCUGUACGCCGUGCAGACGUGGCUCGCCUUGGUGCUCGAUCUCAGCUUGGCGGGAUUCGUCGUGGUGGUCAUGGGUAUCGGCGUUGCCAGUCUGGGGAAGAUCUCCCCGGCGGCGAUGGGGUUGGCCCUCGUUAACAUCAUCGCCUUUGGCACCUCAGUCAAGCUUUUGACCACCUACUGGGCGUCCCUCGAAACCUCGUUGGGGGCGGUGGCGCGGAUCAAGUCGUUUGUGGAACGAACGCCCUCGGAGAUGCUGGAACAUGCCCCGCAUGAGGUAUCAGACCAAUUGCCACAGCACUGGCCGGUGGAAGGCUCUAUUGAAUUUCGGAAUGUGUCCGUCGCCUACGGUGCUCAAUCAACCCCUACCGUGCGAAAGAUAUCGCUGUCAAUUCCUGCGGGCCAGAAGGUGGCCAUCUGUGGCCGCACAGCAAGUGGCAAGACCUCUCUCAUCACCACCAUGUUUGGCAUAUCCGACCUUACGGACGGGGAGAUCCUCAUCGACGGCCGCAGCAUCUCCACCAUCGACCGGACCUCCCUCCGCACGGCCAUCGUCGGGGUCCCUCAGGAUUCCUUCAUCUUAGAGGGCUGCAGUCUCCGUCGCAACCUCGAUCCAUUCGAUGUACACGGUGAUGACACGGUAGUGAUGCACGCAUUAUCCACCGUGGGUCUCGGUCACCUCAUUAACCCAGACUUCGGUCUGGAGACCGUCGUCGACGAGAAUGCCCUGACUCCCGGUCAGAAGCAGCUGCUCUGCCUGGCGCGGGCCAGCCUUCGUCCGGGGCGGGUGGUGGUUCUCGAUGAGCCGACGAGCAGUGUCGACCAAGAGACCGAAGCCCAGAUGCAAUCAAUCAUCCAGACCGCGUUCGCCGGCCGGACCGUCAUCAUGGUUACGCACCGGAUCCGGGCCGUGAUCGAGUACGGAUAUGAUCGGGUAAUCGUGAUGCGGGACGGAGAGAUUGUCGAGGAGGGGGCACCGCAGGAGCUGGUUCAGCGCAAAACAGAGGGCGGGGAAGGCGUUGGGGUGUUUCGGGAGUUGUAUCUUCGCGAGAGUGGGGAGGGAACCUGA